AUGCUUUUCAAAAAUGUGAAGGUAUUAAUCAUCUUGAAUUUACAAUAUCUACAGAUGGAAAGCAAAUUAAGAGCAAAAGAAUCAAGUAAUACUACAAUUAUGGAAUUUGUUCUUUUGGGGUUCACUGAUAUUCCUCAUCUUCAAAUGUUUCUUUUGGGGAUAUUUUUCUUUGCUUAUGUGAUUAUCUUGAUGGGAAAUGGCAUAAUUAUUCUCAUAACCAGGGUAGACAAGGCUCUCCAGACUCCCAUGUAUUUUUUCCUGGUAAAUUUUUCCUUCUUGGAAAUCUGUUACGUGUCAAUCACUAUUCCUAAAAUGCUCGUGAACCUUUGGACUCAGCAAAGAAAUAUUUCUUUGUCUGAAUGUGCUACACAAAUGUGUUUUUUCCUUAUACUGGGAAGUACGGAGUGUUUACUCCUGGCAGUGAUGGCCUAUGACCGCUAUGUGGCCAUUUGUAACCCUCUGCACUAUCCUCUAGUCAUGAACCGCAGGGUCUGUACCCAGUUGGUGACUGGCUCCUGGAUCACUGCAAUCCCAGUUCAGAUAGGGCAAACAUAUCAGAUUUUCUCUUUGCCAUUUUGUGGAUCUAACCAAAUCAACCACUUCUUCUGUGACAUCCCUCCAUUAUUCAAGCUGGCCUGCGGGGACACCUUUGUGAAUGAGAUGUCGGUCUACAUUGUGGUUGUGUUGUUUCUCACAGUUCCAUUUCUGUUGAUAAUUGGCUCCUACGGAAAAAUCAUGUCCACCAUCCUGAGGUUACCAUCAGCCACAAGUCGAGCCAAAGCCUUCUCCACCUGCUCAUCUCAUCUUACGGUUGUGGCUUUAUUCUUUGGAUCAGGAAUCAUUACAUAUUUUCAACCCAAAUCCAAACACUCUUCUGGAAGAGACAGAGUUCUCUCUCUUUUCUAUACCAUUGUCACCCCAAUGUUUAACCCCAUAAUAUACACUUUGAGAAAUAAAGAUGUCAUGGCAACUUUGAGAAAAUUGCUACCUUAA